ACCAUGUAUAUAGUGCAGAAAUAAGAUUUCCUUUCAAGCCGUACGUUCCUGGAGUCGAUAACGGUGUUUUGAUACUCAACAAUGAUGUCCUUGGAUAUGUGGCUAAUUUCGUGGCUGCAGCAGGUAAACAGGAGUGUACCAUCAGAAAGGAAUUCACACUUUUUGUAUCCUACAAAUCUUCCCAAUUAAAAUGCGUACCUGUAAUAAAAAUGAUACAUUGUGGUUCCUCCAUAGAUAAUCCUAUAAAAUACUAUCGAUCAUCCAAUAUAGAGAUCCAGAGCAGUGUACGAUACAUUUCGGACGGAAGUUAUGUCUCUACUUCAGUUUACAAACCGGAUUGUGCUCAGAGUGCUACGAGUACGUGGAAGAUAUGGCAAACCGGAGAAAGUGACUGUAACCCCAAAAAGCCACACGCAGACAAUACUCUACCAACGAAUGAAUACACGGCCAUUACAUCUUUACAGUACAAACCGUUUCAAUUGGCAUUUAACGAAUAUAAGAUUAUGCUUGAAGUAAAAAAUGCUCAAGUUGGAAAAUCUUCAAUAAAUUUUUCAUAUUGCUACAUAAAAAUAGCAGAUUUGCCCUUAGUUGCUGUUAUAGAUGGAAGCAACGAAAGAAAAAUUUACCGGAAACAUGGUUUAUAUUUGAGUGCAAGUAGGUCACAUGAUCCAAAUCAGCCAGCAAAUAAUCAAUCCCACAUAUUCGUUACGUGGACAUGUGUCAGUUCCAAUGACCCAGAAGGAGUGAGUGAAGUCUGUAAGCCCAAAAAACUCACACGUAAGAAUUUUUACAGCCUGUAUUGAAAGUACA